AUGACACCUGAUUGCAUUUAUUCUCAUGAGGACGGAGAGGAUGAGAUGUGCGAGAAUUAUGACAAAGGAUUUUGCAUUAAAGGACCUCAUUGCAAGAAGAAACAUCUACGAAAAGUGGCUUGUCCUUCAUAUAUUUCCGGUGAAUGUCUGAGAGGUGCCGAAUGUCCCGACUUCCAUCCGACGGUUAAUUACCCGAAGGAGCAGAAAGAAGCAUAUGAAAGAUACUGGCAACAACGUGCCUCCUCAAAAUUUCGUUCCCAUCGGCAUAAAAAACCGGCAUUUAUUUGCUAUCGGUGCGGAUUGGUUGGUCAUAAGGCAGCUCACUGUCGCACGUGA